AUGGCGGAGGGUAAGACAACGAAGGCCACAGCGGCUUUGUCGUCGUCAUCCUCGUCGACAUCAGGGGCAGAACGACGAAAGCCCCUCGAAGAUGUUAUUUUAUCCCCAGAGUUAACGCAUUGCCCUUUAACUCCGAAGCUUUAUUUGGUGGGUGGAGGAGAACAUGCUGAGGCUCGACAAACACGAUUGCGUAGUCAAGGUGCUACACGACAACACAAGAAAAGGACGGAUCAAAAGCUUACAAAACGCUUGUUGAAGGCACGAGGAAUAAAACGGAAAGAUGAGGAUGAUAUGACAAAGCAUCGUGUCACGGAAAAAGCUGCCAUUUCAUCCUCUGCGACAUCGAGUGAGAAACAGGCAGAAAGUAGCGCAAUCUCUGAACGUGACUCGUUGCUGGAGAGGUUGCGAGAAAAAGAGCGUCAGUUUGAUGAGAAAAUUACAGCGCUUGACGAAACACUUUCGUGCGCUGAAAGGGGCCGCCUGCAGCGAGACAGCAUUAUUGAUGGCCUCCGCGCGGAGGUGACACGUCUGCGGGCACAGCUGGAGCUUGCCGCUGGCGCCAAGAGCCAGGCAGAUGAGCUUCGUGAAAAGAUUCUAAAGGAGAGAACAGUGGCGCUGGAGGAGGCGCAUGCGAAGAUAGAGGCACUUCACGAUACCAUUCGUGAAAAGAAUCAGCGGAUAAAGCAUUUAGAAAGCGAGUUAAAGCUGCGGCAGGCCGCCAUUGCUGCUCAACCUCAACAAAAGUUGGUAGUCACAACGACGGCGGAACGGGUAAAAGUGCCGCAGCUGCAAAAACAGGAAGAGCAAAAACAAGGGAUGCUGCGAACGCUUAGCCCAAAUGUUGUUAGCUUGGAAGAACGAGAGCGAGAACGACGUAAACGCGAGCAAUAUAGUGCCAAUUUGCGGGCACUACAGGAAGAGGUUCAGGCGCUUGAACAACGCUACAACAUCACCCGAAACGAGAAGAACGCCCUGGACGAAGAGAAUUAUGCGCUUCGCUCCAAACUGGAAGCCAUUCAGGAGGAAAUCGAAACACGUGUGGCUGGAGCCGUGAAAGCCAUGCAAAGCCACGUGGACCAGAAGCGUGAACUUGAGGCUGAGGUAUUAGCCACCCGUCUCGGUAUGGCGCGGUUGCUUCGACUUCUCAGUGAGGUACCAGAGAUGCGGCGAUACCUGCGGGCGACCGCCAUUGAUGAUGACAUGCUCUUCACUGGAUACACACUUGCGGCUGCAACAAGUGACCGGAAGGCAAUAAGCGAAAAUGCAGGGCAUCCCCAUUAUCAGAGACGACGCAAUGGUGGCUUGUCUACGCUGGCCGCUGGAACCGGUGUUGAUGAUGGUGUCUAUGGUGGGAGCUUAAUGCCGUGGUCAAGCAAUAUAUACCUAAAUGGCAAGUGGUACAGAAAAUUGCAAGACAUCAUCGAUGACGAGAACAAUUUUCUACGUAGCAGGAAGAUUUGUAUUGGCGAUCUGGAGGGUGCCGCGCGUUGCGGUCGAGGAGGGGGAGAUGGUCCCCCACGUCUUCCGCCAGCUUCUGAUGUGUUACAAGGCCGUCAAAAUGACAAGGACUUUUGGAUUCCGUAUGCCGUUUUUGUAGAGGCUCAGAAGUUUAAAAAUCGUUACUUCCCAGCUCUCAGCUAUGAAUGUUUUUAUCCCUUCCUUAUUGCUGUCAACCAGGUAUGGAACGAAAAGACGAAACGUCGUGUGGCGAUAGAGACCCGGCGACGCCUCUAUCUGCAGCAGCAAAAACAAGAACAAGAAAAACGUCACCGUGCAGCAAAGGAGCAGACGGAUGAUGCCUUUUACUCCAAUGAUUGCUUGCGUCAAAUGUCUUCAUCGGCCCUGAGUUUUCAGCAGCAACUUCAACAGUUGCGACAUGAGGUGCGCCGACGGGUAACGGGAAAAAAUAGCCUUGAAUUGUUCCAUGCGUAUGAUUAUUUGAUAAAGUGUGCCUUGAAGCAUCUGCGGGAGGUUCAGGAGGAGCACGCUGCUCUGUUGAAGCGAAAUCAAUAUUCAUUAAGGUCCGUGUGCGUCCCAAAAGAAGAACAUAUUGAUGAGGAAGACAAGGAGCGCAUGAUAAACGAGGAAGGGGGAGUGGGUAUAGUUGAUUUUGGCAAUGAAGCCUUUUUCCUCCUGCGGCGUGCACUCUCAGCGCUUGCAGAGGAAGUUCGGGAGAUUAGUGAGCGUUCCGCGUCACGUAUUGAGGCUUCCUGUCGAGACAUGCAGGAGUUUCUCGGAGCAUUGCGAGACCAGAAGCUUCGGACAAUUUCAUUUCAGGAACAACAACAACAACGGUUGGGAGAGGGAGACAGUGCUGUUCUCUUGCGCACGCAAACAUUAGAUUCCGUUCCGGUGUCAACUUUGCUUCGUGUCAUUGAGGGAGUACUUGAUUUUGUGGACGAGGUGCAGCGGGAGGUGCUUGCGGCACGGAAUGCCAUGUCUCGAUGUGCAACACAAGCAGACGAGAAAUCGGAGCUUCUCUUUACACCUGCUGCUGUAGAUGAUGGGAGCGGAGCCGAAUAUGGUGAAGAAGAAGACGAGUUGGAGAUGGCGAUGGACGGUUAA